AAACGAGUUAUCGACGGUCUAUUAGUCUCUGUCUAUCCUCUCAGCAUCCUCGUUAGUGCAUAGCCUGUGUAUAGUAUCAUGGCCCCGGAGAGCGCACAAGCUACUUUUGCGGCAGUGCCAUCGUCCCUCGUCGAUAUUGCAAAGAACAAAACUCACCCUCCUCCGCUCCUGUUCCGACACAGUCUUUUCCUAUUCCCCUGCUUCGCCAUCCUAUCAAUAAUUAUCCUCUUCAUCUCCUGGUCUAUACCCAAGCUAUACCGCUACGUCUCCAAAAAAUUCGGCAAGGGAUACCAACCUAUCCUUGCCCACGACGAUGAGCUUGAUGUGGACACUGUCGCUGUCGAGAUACCUGAAACUGUUCCCCAGAUGCCUUCUGGGGGUUUGCUCUCAGACUUGAAGAACCACGUGAGGUCGAUGAAGGAGUACGGCUCGGUGCUGUUUGCGCUCGAGAUCUUUCGGACGCUGAGCUUGUGUGCGUUGUUCGGCCUAAGCGUCUAUGCUACCAUCCAAGCCGAAUCUCCCCAAGAGCCCGGUCUGGAAGGAGGCAUGGUAGGGUCACUAAAGAGGAAGAAGAAAGGCAACCAUCACCACACCGUUGACGACUAUUCAAGCCUCGAGUGGGGAGAAUUCGGUGUCUCUGGCCUCUACCUCUACUCCCUCGCGCUUUCUUUCCUCCUUCUCACCCUUCGACCUGGAACACCCCUUCGCCGACAUCUCAUAGCGCACUUGGACGUGCUGCUGUGCCUGGCUUUCGGAGUGUAUGCGUAUAGGGAUAUCUGGCCGCUCUUGACAUUCCAUCUCGAGCCGGCUGAUAUCCACAAUGCCAUCACCUGGUCCCGCGUGGUCAUACUCUCAUUUGCGGCUGUGGUGAUACCCCUCAUCCGACCGAGAACGUAUACCCCAGUGGACCCCUCGAACCCCACACCGUUGAAUGAGGUGCAUCCGGAGCAGACGGCGCCUCUGCUUUCCUAUCUGCUUUUCGACUAUAUGACCAGCUUGGUAUGGAAGGCUUGGAAGACACCUGCUUUGCCUUAUGAUGAUCUUCAUCCUCUGGCAGACUAUGAUCGAGCUUCGUACCUCUACAAAACCUCUAUGGCAACCCUCGACCCCGUCAAACGCCGGGCUCAAGGCCUCAAAGACCGCGGACUCGUCCUCAGUCUCGUCUCCGUCUUCCGCCGCGAAGUCAUGAUCACCUGCGCCCUCUCCGCUUUCUCUGGCGCUUUCGAACUCUCUUCUUCGGUCGGUAUCAACCAACUUCUCGAUUAUCUCGAGACUGAUGGAAAGGGACACAAUGUCCGCCCCAUCGUCUGGGUCGUCUUUCUGUUCAUGGGUCCUACGCUGAGCUCGUUGUUCAUGGAGCUCUACAUCUUCACCGCGACUAGAUGCUUGGUCAGGGCGGAAGCGCUUUUGACGCAAUUGCUGUUUGACCAUUCGCUGAGAUUGAGAAUGAAGGAUCAGGUGGACGAUGAAAAGGAGGAGGAAGAGGAGGUCAAGGAGAGCGCUGGACCGCUUAUCACUGUGGAAGAGGUCGACCAUGCUCCCGACGCUCCUCGAGGUCUUAUUGCCGCCGAGGCUGAGACUGCUACUCCCGCAGAGUCCGGGACUGGAAAAGACAAGACAGACAGGAAAGCUGCUGCCGACGCUGAAGCAAAGAAGAGCAAGGGUCAAGGGCUGGCGGGCAAGAUCAACGUCCUGAUGGCUGCCGAUAUCGAAGCUGUUGGCGAAGGACGUGACCUCGCUUUGAUCUUUGUGUACACCCCUGUGCAGUUCGCGCUGUGCGUUGUCUUGCUCUAUAAAAUCCUGAGCUGGAGUUCUCUCGUCGGUAUGCUCACCAUGUUCAUCACCCUGCCCCUUCCUGGUCUCCUCACAAAGUACAAUGCCGAGUACCAGCAACAGCGAAUGCUUGCCACCGACUCUCGUGUGGACUCGAUUACCGAGUCUAUCAAUGCGCUCAGGAUCAUCAAGAUGUUUGGCUGGGAAGGGAGGAUCAAGGAGAGAGUUGCUGCAAAGCGAGAGGACGAGCUACAUCUCAUCUGGAAGAGGAGAUUGAUGAACCUGGCGAUCAUCUUGCUCAAUACACUUCUGCCUGUUUUGACUAUGGCCGUCACUUUUGCCGUCUAUACUCUGAUUGAAAAGGAAGAGCUCACUGCUUCCAAGGUCUUUACCAGUAUGACUGUAUUUGAAAUCAUCAAGGGACACACUGGAAUGUGCUUCUGGCUGAUCAACGAGAGUGUUACCGCUUGGGUCUCUGUCCAGCGACUGGACAAGUUCCUGCACGAGAGCGAAAUGAUUGACGAGUACUCUCAAGGCACGAUGACAAACAUUGUCACUCAACCUCAGCUCCAAGCGCAAGAAGAAGGCCUCAUCCGACUCGUCGAUGCGACUUUCUCCUGGGAAAGCCAAACAGAAAAGAUCAACGAUGAGACGUUCAAGCUCCGCAUCGAAGACGCUACCUUCACCAAAGGCAAGGUCAACUUGAUCACUGGUCCGACUGGGAGCGGAAAGAGUUCCUUGCUCAAGUCUCUUAUCGGUGAACUCCAUUUCCACCAAAGAGACGGGGCAUUCUACAAUCUCCCUCGUGAAGGUGGAGUCUCUUAUGCUGCCCAAGAAAGCUGGUGUUCAUCAGAUUCUGUCCGGGACAAUAUCCUCUUUGGCUCGCCAUUUGACCAGUCCCGUUAUGAGAAGGUCGUGAGGGCGUGUGGAUUGGAGACGGACAUGAAGCUGUUUGAGGACGGGGAUGAAACUGAGGUCGGAGAGAAGGGAAUCACUUUGAGUGGAGGGCAAAAGGCGAGAAUCACGUUGGCGAGAGCCAUCUACAGCAAGUCGGCUGUGGUACUUCUUGAUGACAUCUUCUCGGCUUUGGACACUCUCACUUCCAGGUGGAUCAUCGACCAUCUCUUCAAGGGUGACUUGGUGAAAGACCGUACCAUCUUGCUCGUUACCCACCACCUGCACCUGGUCGCUCCCGUCGCUGAUUUCAUCAUCACUUUGAACGAAAAUGGCACUGUCCAAAGCCAAGGUCCUGUCAACGAGAAUGCCCUCCCCGAGGAGGACGAGCCCGAGACCGAAACCGCUCCUCCCGCUGAAGAAGUCAAGAACCCAGGCGAAGCCCAAAAGACGGCCGAAAAGAAGGCCGCUUCCAAGCUGGUCAAGGAUGAAGAGAAGAGCGAGGGGCGUAUCUCCAAGCACGCGUUCAUCACAUUCUUCCGCAUGUUUGGCGGCCCUAUCUUCUGGCUGACCUACUUUGGUCUCCUCUUUGGCGGCCAGGCGAUGUCCUCUUUCCAAACCUACUGGCUCGGCCGCUGGGCCCGAGCGUACGACGAAUCCUCAGACGCCAACCUCGUCUCCGUCUCCUACUACCUCGGCCUCUACUUUGUCUUUGUCCUCAUCGGUGUGGUCAUGGGUGGCGCCUCUGCCAUCUUGUUCUACUUGGGUUGCACGAAGGCCGCAAGGGAGAUGCAUAGGCGUCUUGUGGACUCUAUCUUUGGGGCCUAUAUGAGGUUUAUGGAUACGACGCCGGUGGGGAGGAUCAUCAGUCGAUUCACGAAGGAUAUCAAGUCGAUCGAUGGACCUUUUACUGAAACGUUUGAUACCGUGGCCGAUGUCACUGCCGGUCUUAUACUCAAGAUCGCAGUCGUCGUCUCCCUUGUCCCCCUCUUCUCCAUCCCCGCCGUCAUCAUCGGUGCCCUCGGGGGCAUCAUGGGAGAAAUGUACAUCCACGGACAACUCAGUGUCAAGCGUGAAAUGUCCAAUGCCAAGAGUCCCCUCUUCUCCCACUUUUCUGCCGCCUUCAAUGGUAUCGUUUCCAUCCGAGCUUAUGGGGCGGAAGAGCAGAUGAGGCUGGAGGCUCAGAGACGGGCAGACAAGUAUUCGAGGGCUGCUACUUGCGUAAUAAUAUUUCUGCGGAUACUGAUUGUUCUUAGCUACAAUCUCAACCGAUGGGUCACGAUCCGACUCAACAUGCUGGGUGGUCUCUUUGCUGCUGCUCUCGGUGCCUUCUUGGUAUACGGAGCGAAGCUUGACGCUUCCACCUCUGGUUUCGCCUUGUCUCAAGCAAUCUCCUUCUCCUCUAUGAUCCUUUGGUGGGUCAGGAUGGUGAACGAGAUGGAAGUGCAGGGCAACUCUGUCGAACGUAUCCAAGACUACCUCGUCAUCCCUCAAGAACCAGUCCAUGACGACCGCAAACAACCUUCUGCCGCCUGGCCGACAUCCGGCGAAAUUGUCCUCGACGGGCUUUCCGCCAGAUACUCUGACGAUGGUCCCACCGUCCUUGACAACCUGAAGCUGUCUAUCAAGAGUGGCGAGAAGGUUGGAAUUGUCGGAAGGACGGGGAGUGGAAAGUCUACGCUGGCGCUGGCGUUGUUGAAGAUGCUCCCGACGAGUGGAAAAGUCUUGAUCGAUGGUAUCGAUACGGGCAAGAUCAAUCUGCAUGCUCUGAGGUCUAAUGUGACCAUCAUCCCGCAAGACCCCAUCCUUCUUUCUGGAAGCCUCCGAUUCAACCUCGAUCCUUUCGGCGAGCACGACGAUGCCGAGCUCAACGAUGCCCUCCAAGCUUCUGGCCUGGGGGCUACCCGUCAGCGAGGCGGCUCUGGAAGCAUUACCCCCCAGCGCUUGAGCUUGGACACACAUAUCGCCGCGGGCGGUGGCAACUUGAGUCAAGGGCAGAGGCAGUUGGUGGCUCUCGCGAGGGCGCUGGUGAGGAACAGCAAGGCAACUGCUUCUGUCGACUUUGAUACGGAUGCUCUCAUCCAACAGUCGAUCCGAAACCUUCCAUCUUCCUGCACCGUGCUCACUGUGGCGCAUCGGCUUUCUACGGUGAUGGACUAUGACAAGAUUAUGGUUCUUGGCGCUGGCAAGUUGCUAGAGUAUGAUUCGCCAGAGGUGUUGCAGUCGAGGAAGGGUAGCUAUUUCGCCAAACUGGUGCAGGCUAUGGAAGGUGCCGGCGGCGGCAGCUCAUAG